GCCGACGUACUCCUUCCUGGAGGCAGGCGCGACCUGCCACGAGGUGGGCCUCGACGACGUGCCGAGCUCGGCGGAGUGCUUCGGCGGCGCGGCCGGCUCCGCGGGGCUCGGCGGCGUGGCCACGCUCUACAUCGCGACCCCGACCGUUGGGUUCAGCUGCAUCUACGACACGGCACUGGACAUGGUCGUGUUUGCCCUGGCCGCUGGCUCCGGCACGCAGGCGGGGCCUUCUUGGCGAUACAUCUGCCCAGGCACCUUCACCACUACGGUCUCCUCGACGGUGUCGGCAACGGCGUCGGGCACGACCAUCUCUGCCACGACGGCAUCCGUCACGAGCGCGACGGAGGGGCCUGGCUACUCGCUCCUGCAGCCGGGCCAGACCUGCCACGAGCUGGGCUUGGAUGACAUCUCGAGCUCCUCGAAUUGCUUCGGCUCCGCAGCGCCAGCGGUCGGUGUUACCAGCUCCUUUCAGACCUACCUCCCUGGCCAGGCGCUCAAGAUCAGCUGCGUCUACGACGCCAACUCGGACACCCUCUUCUUCUCCGAGUCGACCGGCGCGGGGACCGAGGGCUCCAGCCAGUAUCAGUUCGUCUGCCUCGGAACAUACACCUCCACGGAGACGUCCACUGCAACGGCGACUGCAUCUGCGACGACUGUGACCGCCACGACCGUGACAACCACGAUGUCGAGCAGCGCCACGAGUUUGUUGACGACAACUUCGGCUACGACCACAUCCCAUCAGGACUACACGCUGCUGCCCGCUGGGCAGACUUGCUACGAAGCGGGCAUGCAGGACGUGACGAGCCCCGCAGAGUGUUUCGGUCCUGCCAGGGCCUCCGCGGGUCUAAGCUCUGCUCAGACGCAGAGCUUUGAAGGCUUCGGCUUCACGUUCACCUGCGUGCACAGGAGCUCCAGCAACGCGGUGCAGUUCGCGGACUCAAGCUCUGCCGACGCCGAGCCCAGUUCGGGCUACCAGUACAUCUGCAUCGGCAUCCUGACGACGAGCGACAGCAGCACCACCACCACAUCGACGAGCGCCACCACCAGCACGUCGAUGACCACCACCGAAACCAGCAGCAGAACGGCAGUGAGUGAGACCACGUCGAGCGAGACGUCCUCGAGCACGCUCACCAGCACCUCAUUGACCAACAGCACGUCGACGAACGUUGUGGCCACGACCACCUCCCACGAGGACUAUACGCUGCUAUCCGCCGGACAGACUUGCUACGAAGCCGGCAUGCAGGACGUAACGAACCCUUCAGAGUGUUUCGGAUCUGCCAUGGCCUCUGUUGGUCUCAGCCCUGCUCAGACGCAGAGCUUCGAAGGCUUCGGCUUCGCGUUCACCUGCGUGCACAGCAGCUCCAGCAACGCGGUGUACUUCGCGGACUCAAGCUCUGCAGACGCACAGCCCAACUCGGGCUACCAGUACAUCUGCAUCGGCAUCCUGACGACGAGCGACAGCAGCACAACCACCAUCUCGACGAGCGCCACCACCGGCACUUCGAUGACCUCUAUAGUCACAAGCAGCACGUCCUUACCCCCCACCAGUAGCACGACAGCAUCAUCGGCCAAUGGGAUUUCAAGUGCUUCGGAGACUAGCAGUAUGACCAGAACUUCGGUGAGCAGUACGACCGAGAUCACUACGACCAGCAUCACCAGUACGACGAUCAUUGUAGAGACAACUGAAGCGGCUAUUGCGACAGCGCCUGAGGAAAGUACCUCUGCAGUGGAUACGAUUGUAGACACGAUCACGAUCUCGAGCAGCGCGACGACCUCAUUGACGGCGACAGCAACGAUGCCAGGGCUGUCGGCAAAUAGCCCCAUUAAUGACUCAACGACCCUCACCACGAGCGGCAUGACGUACUCGCUUCUUGAGGGUGGCACGUCCUGCUACGAAGUAGGCCUCAGUGAUGUAUCGAGCUCGGCGGAGUGCUUCGGCAGCGCUUCGAGCUCCGCGGGACUCCACAGCGUGGCCACGAUCUACAUCGCGACCCCGUCCGUUGGGUUCAGCUGCAUCUACGAAACGUCACUGAACAUGGUCGUGUUUGCCCUGGCCGCUGGCUCCGAUACGCAGACGGAGCCUUCUUGGCGAUACAUCUGCCCAGGCACCUUCACCACUACAGUCUCCUCGACGGUGUCGACAACGGCGUCAGGCACGACUAUCUCUGCCACGACGGCAUCCGUCACGAGCGCGACGGAGGGGCCUGGCUACUCGCUCCUGCAGCCGGGCCAGACCUGCCACGAGCUGGGCUUGGAUGACAUCUCGAGCUCCUCGGACUGCUUCGACUCCGCAGCGCCAGCAGUCGGUGUUACCAGCUCCGUUCAGACCUACCUUCCGGGCACGACGUUCAAGGUCAGUUGCGUAUUCGAUGCUGCUUCAAAUUUGUUGGUCUUCUCCGAGUCGACCGGCGCGGGGACCGAGGGUUCCAGCCAGUAUCAGUUCGUCUGCCUCGGAACAUACACCUCCACGGAGACGUCCACUGCAACGGCGACUGCAUCUGCGACGACUGUGACCGCCACGACCGUGACAACCACGAUGUCGAGCAGCGCCACGAGUUUGUUGACGACAACUUCGGCUACGACCACAUCCCAUCAGGACUACACGCUGCUGCCCGCUGGGCAGACUUGCUACGAAGCGGGCAUGCAGGACGUGACGAGCCCCGCAGAGUGUUUCGGUCCUGCCAGGGCCUCCGCGGGUCUAAGCUCUGCUCAGACGCAGAGCUUUGAAGGCUUCGGCUUCACGUUCACCUGCGUGCACAGGAGCUCCAGCAACGCGGUGCAGUUCGCGGACUCAAGCUCUGCCGACGCCGAGCCCAGUUCGGGCUACCAGUACAUCUGCAUCGGCAUCCUGACGACGAGCGACAGCAGCACCACCACCACAUCGACGAGCGCCACCACCAGCACGUCGAUGACCACCACCGAAACCAGCAGCAGAACGGCAGUGAGUGAGACCACGUCGAGCGAGACGUCCUCGAGCACGCUCACCAGCACCUCAUUGACCAACAGCACGUCGACGAACGUUGUGGCCACGACCACCUCCCACGAGGACUAUACGCUGCUAUCCGCCGGACAGACUUGCUACGAAGCCGGCAUGCAGGACGUAACGAACCCUUCAGAGUGUUUCGGAUCUGCCAUGGCCUCUGUUGGUCUCAGCCCUGCUCAGACGCAGAGCUUCGAAGGCUUCGGCUUCGCGUUCACCUGCGUGCACAGGAGCUCCAGCAACGCGGUGUACUUCGCGGACUCAAGCUCUGCCGACGC